ACUUUGCUUCUUUUCCUUCACACAUCUCAACCAUCACAUAACUUCUUCCCUUUCCCUUCAUACAUACUCAAUAUUCAUUCUUCUUUAACCUUCUACUCACUCAACAAUGGCUCGUUCCUUAGCUGUUAUGUUGCUUGCUGCAUUGUUGAUCAGCUCUACAAUGGCUCAGUCUCCGGCUUCUUCGCCGGCAUUGUCACCGACCAACACUCCCGUCGCCACUCCACCGACCAACACUCCCGUUGCCACUCCACCGAGGAGAGCGUUGUCACCGGCUCUGUCUCCGUCUCCCGUCGCGGUUGCACCGUCGUCUGAUUCACCUGCCACCGGAACAUCUCCUCCUGCUCCACCUACGUCUCCUUCUGAGUCCCCAAAUGUCGCUCCCAUCCCUCCUCCCUCCUCAAUAUCGGGCCCACCGGCUGAAGCACCAGGACCAGCUACAAACGGUGCCGUUUUGAACAGACUCACCAGAUCUGCCGUGGUCCUCGCCAUCGCUGCGGCUGUGCUCGUAGCAAUCUCCACCAUCGGAUCCUCCAGUCACACCAAUCUCUUAUUCUAUAAAUUCUCACUCUGUCUCUUCAUCCUUCUCAAACACACUCGUCGUAAAACUAAAACUACGACACUCAUUCCUUGCGACUAUUCAUAUUUUCCUCUUACCGUCUCUCUGAUGGCUUCGACUUCCACUCUCAUUCUCAUGGUCGCCGCGAUGUUAGUUUUCUCCGCCGUUGCACAAUCUCCGGCGUCGUCUCCAAAUGCCGCUGCUACUUCACCAGCUGUUUCUCCGUCCAAGUCUCCGCCCACUGUUUCUCCGUCACCAGACUCCGCCGUGAGCUCUCCGCCAUCUCCUUCUCCAUCGUCUGCGUCCUCUCCCUCCUCUUCCGUCCCUCCAUCGUCGAUCUCUGCUCCUCCGUCCGAGGCUCCUUCACCUUCUGAGAAUGCCGCUGUCUCGUAUGGUUUUUCUGCAGCAGGAUCUGUGGUAGUUGUUUUCGUCGCUGCUUUAUUGGUCAUAUGAAAGGCUUAUAUAGGAAAAGUAUUGUCUUUGAUUUAGAGUCUGUUAUAGCUAUA